CCCUUGGGACCGUCGAGAGCGUUCUCAAAUGUCACAAUUCCUCCCGCCGCUUUGCUUCACCGCCUCUCCGGCGGGUCUCCGCCGCCUUCUUGUUCUUCUUUGAUCUCAUUAACAGAGUCGUAACCGUGUUCAAUUGGAGAAGAAUAGCUAGUAGUAGUAGUAGAAGCAGAAGCAGGCGAGAAAAUGGGAAGCAGGUCACUACUGGUUGGGAUGGAGGUCCCGAUCCUCGGCAGUGACUCCGUCAAGUGGUUCGAAGUCUCCGUCCCUUCCCCGUCGCCGCCGUUGUCCGCCGCUGCUAACGGUUCUCCUUCAGCUCUACCGCCACCGUCCGCCGAUGCUGCUUCCUGCGCCAUUAUUGGGGACCCUCCCCACUAUCUUAUUUGGAGAAUUCAGAAGGAUCGCCCAAAUGCUCUUGAGAUAAAUGAACUCUGUGGUUAUAAAGAAUUUCCAAAGAUCGGAUUGCGAAUCAUCUUCCAGGAUGCACUCUAUCCAUUUGCUUUAAUCUGCAAGGAUGAGACCAGUUGUGCAUCCGGGAAUCCAUACUUGGUUUACGCAUUAACUAUCUCAGGAGUUGCUUACCUGUUCAAACUCAAAGAAAUUUAUAGUUAUGCAUCUUGCUCUGUUUUCCCGCUAAAUGAGAUUGUAGAAUUAAAUAUUCAAAAUUAUCUGCACAAUGGAGCAAUAACAGCUGUAGCAGCAGCAGCAGGCUGUCUAGUAACUGGGAGAAAUGAUGGGUCCGUUGGUUGUUUUCAACUUGGCAUACUUGACCCUAGUGCUCCAGGUUUUGUGUAUGAGCUGAGAGAUGAUGCAGGUUUAGGUCGCUUAUGGGGUUUAAUGUCAAGGCGGUCGAUAUAUCCUGUGCAAGCAUUGGUAGUAUCAGAGGUGCAUGGGAAAAAACUUAUUUUUGUGCUUCAUUCUGAUGGGACCUUACGAGUUUGGGAUUUUUUAAGUCGUAGCAGACUUUUCAGUAAUACCCUGAGCAUGUCAACAUCAACAGGAGCUACAUUUGUAAGCUUAUGGGUGGGUGAAGCAAACAAUGAUGCAAGUGUUAUUCCAUUGGCCAUCCUAUGUAAACCAUCUCUGGAAUUUAGCAAUGGGAUCAUCUCUGUGUAUGGCCUUCGCUAUUGUCUGGGGGAGAGGGUGAUUUUACUGUUAGAUUCUUCAAAGCAAGACAUCCCAUUGGAGGAGGGUGCCCCAGUUGAUGUAAAACUUACUUCAAGCAAAAUAUGGAUACUCAAAGAAGAUGGACUAAUCGCGCAUGAAUUUUUUAACGCACCUGAUAAUGGGGAGGGAGCCCACUGCUUCUCUUUGCAGGAAGCAUAUGUUGCUGAUCAAUUGUUUCAAAGUUCUGAACAUUCUUCAGAUGAUCUUGUGUGUCUUGCUCAAUUAAUAUUUUCCUCUGCAAAGGAUCAAAUAAUUCCAUUCAUAUCUUCAAUUUUUCUGCGGAGGUUACUUCUUCCUGGAGUUCAUCAUAAUAGAGUUCUUCAAGUAACAUUUCAGGAUUACAACAAGCUCUUGACUGAUUCUGAGUUCUUCUCCCUAACUGUGGACAGACUAAAAUCCGAAAUCCUUUCUCUUCUUGAGGAUGAGGGUGUGUCUCAAAGUCCUGUUUCAAUGCUCUAUUGGUGGAAAACAUUUAGUGCACAGUAUUUCCGACAUUGGUGCGAAAUCAAUGCACCGUUCGGUCUAAUCAUUGAUUCAACCAGGGGUACUGUUGGUUUAAUUAGAAAAAGUUCAAUUUCACUGUUCCGACAUUUGGAGGAUAUAGAGUUUCUCAUUUAUGGUUCCUCUGACCAAAUUGGGGAUAAUGUAACCUCUGGUUUGGGUUUUUCUGAUGUUGACCUUGAUCGUGAGAUACUUUUUGAGGUGCUCCAAUGUGUCAGUCAUGUCAGUCAGCAGUUGGGAAAAGCAUCUUCAGCCAUAUUUUACGAAUCACUUCUCUGUUUACCCUCUAUAUCAUAUGAAGUUCUUCCUCACUUACUGAAAGUCUUAGAAAUUGGACGCUGUUCAUCAGUCACAACUCUCCAUAUAGCUGAGCUGGGAGCUGAUGUUGCCUUGGAGAAGGAACUGUCAGAACACAAAAAUCUGAGGAAGUUUUCGGUAGAGAUGUUUCUAUCACUUCAUGCUUUGUUCAAUAAAGCAACCACAUGGGGAAAAGUUUUGGAUGUCAUAGAGAGCUACUUAAAAUUUCUUGUGCCACGGAAAAUUAUAAAGAAGUUUGAUUCUGAAGUGGGUUUCAAUAUGAACAAUUCUGCUAUGGUCCAAGCAACUUCUCAAGUUGCAAAAGUGAUGUUUGAAUCUGCACUGGAUGUUCUUAUGUUACUAAGCUAUUUGGUGAACAUUGGUGGGCAGAUUCAUAUUUUACAUCAUGAUAUUUCCAGGAUCCAACUUGAGUUGGUUCCGAUGGUUCAAGAAAAUAUGACUGAGUGGCAUAUCAUCCAUUUCUUGGGAACCACCACCUCUGAAUCCCCUGCAGCUGAAGAUUUCAGUGCUCAGCUUUCAUCUUUACAAAUUGAUAACACUAUUGAUAGGAAGUCAUGGAAUGAGAAGCUUGGGAAAUGGGACUUUACAUUGGCUUGUAUACUAUCUUUAAAUACACAGAGUUCGUUUGGGGACCAGAGUCGCCUCCUUGUGAAAUGCCUUCCUGAUCCGGCCAACAUUAUUAAUUCAGUGCGGGAAUUCACUAGCUGGAUAAUGUGGGGCAGGACUGGGGAAGAAACUUCUACUUUCUUCAGCCAUUCAACUGAGCUUGCUUUAAUCUUACUUAAACAUGGCCAGUACAAUGCUGUUGAGUUUCUACUUACUACUGUGGAUGCACAUUCACGGAAAGAGAAAAUAUCUGGAAGUAUCCAGAGUGAUGAUGGUGAAUGGGGCAUACUUCUCCAUAUCCUGGGAUGUUGCAUCCUUGCUCAAGUACAACGCGGAUUGCAGGGGUUGCUGAAAGAGAAAAAAGUUAGUGAAGCUGUUCGGUGUUUCUUCAGAGCUUCAUCAGUACAAGGAGCUCCCCAGGCUUUGCAGAGUUUGUCAAACGAAGCUGGACUACCCCAUCUUGGUUUUACUGGCUGUUUAUUAGCUGCAACAUGGAAGCUUCAUUACUAUCAAUGGGCAAUGCAGAUAUUUGAGCAGCAUAAUUUAAGUGAAGGUGCUUGCCAAUUUGCUCUUGCCGCCCUUGAGGAGGUUGAUGAAGCUCUAGGCCCCAGAAAUGGCAACCAUACAGAAAAUAAUGCAGAUGAAUCAGCUACUACGGUUAAAGGACGUCUUUGGGCAAAUGUCUUCAAGUUCAUGCUGGAUCUUAAUUAUUAUUAUGAUGCAUAUUGUGCAAUAAUAUCAAAUCCCGAUGAGGAAAGCAAGUACCUUUGUUUGAGGCGUUUCAUAAUUGUUCUUUAUGAACGUGGUGCAGUUAAGAUUCUUUGUGAUGGUCAAAUACCUUUUAUUGGUUUAGCAGAGAAGGUAGAGCGAGAGCUCGCUUGGAAGGCAGCACGCUCUGAUGUUUCAGUGAAGCCUAACCCAUUUAAAUUGCUUUAUGCAUUUGAGAUGUACCGACAUAACUGGCGAAAAGCAUCAACGUAUAUCUAUUUGUAUUCAGCUCAAUUGAAAAGUGAAGCUGCUUUAAAGGAUCAACAACGCAGGUCUCUGAUUCUGCUGGAGAGGCUGAAUGGGCUCUCGGCUGCUAUCAAUGCACUGCAUCUUGUUCAUCCUGCAUAUGCUUGGAUUAGUCCCCUGGUUGAUGAAAGCUUGCUUCUGAAAGAACAUUAUCCAAGUAAAAAGGCUAGACUAACAGUGCAUGAACAGCCAGCAGCAGGUAGUUAUGCUCAGGCUCAGAGAUCACAGUGUUACUUGGAUUUAGAGAACCUUGAAAAUGAGUUUGUGCUAACCUCUGCUGAGUAUUUACUCUCAUUGGCUAAUGUCAACUGGACUUUCACUGGGAAUGAAAAGCCACCACCAGAUGUAGUUGACAUGUUGAUCCAGGUCGGCUUAUAUGACACGGCCUUUACAGUUAUUUUGAGAUUUUGGAAGGAUUCAGAACUGAAGAGGGAACUAGAAAGAGUCUUUGUGGCAUUGUCAUUGAAGUGCUGUCCAAAUAGAGUAGGUCCAUUAUCAGUUGGGAAUGAUCUUAGACCAAAUGGUCUUCUGUUGACAUCAUCAAAAGAUGAAGUGGUUAUUCAUGGAUCAAAUGAUUUGGGUCCCCCAGUGCAGCAGUCGAAAGGGAAUAGCCAGUGGGAAACACUAGAGCUUUAUCUUGGAAGAUAUAAAGAAUUUCAUCUCAGAUUACCGGUGGUUGUUGCAGAAACUCUACUUUCUGCGGAUCCUCAAAUUGAGUUACCUCUUUGGCUUGUUCAGAUAUUCAAGGAUGUUCGAAGGGGAAGUAGUUUUGGAAUGACUGGUGAUGAAGUAAACCCUGCAUCCUUGUUUUGUCUAUUUGUUGAUUAUGGUCGAUGUGCAGAGGCCACUACUCUGUUGCUUGAGUACACUGAAUCUUUAGCAUCUAUGAGACCGGCUGACAUUAUUCGUCGAAAAAGGCCAUCUGCAGUUUGGUUCCCAUACACAACAGUUGAACGCUUGUGGUGCAAGCUUGAAGAACUGAUCCGUGCAGGUCACAUGGUCGACCAAUGUCAAAAACUAAAAGAGUUGUUGCGAGGGGCUCUAACAAAGCAUCUCAAUCUGAUGAGAGUGGACUCCGAUGAUGCGCAGUCUUCUGCUGCGGCUUAAGAAAUUUCAGUAGGCACAGCUAAUCUAUCGCUCUACACCAAAAUUUGGCCGUCUCCAUCGGCCCAGCACGAGCCCAUGGCAAGAGCAGAGUCAUGAUUUCCAAACCUUCUUGAAGUAACUCAUUCCCCUGUUCUCUGCAUCCCCCCCAUUUUGUUGACGACUUCUUAUUUUUUGGCUGGGGGUUGGGAGGGGGUGUUGGAUACAUCUAAGUUGGGUGCAAGACACCCUCUGAGGCAUGUCUCUCUUUGGGGCCAGUCAGCUGUUGCACCAGCUCCUGGAGAUCGAUCAGAAACAAGGGGAGUGUUGGAUAUCAACCAACCCAUCUUUGUACUAAUGGGUUGAUGGUCUACAGACCAACACCAUGCUAAGGAAAAGAACAGUUAGGUUUAUGUUGACUAUACUAGUAAUCAGGUUUGUGGACAGAUUGGGGUUUUGCUAUGCGUUAAAAUGUUGGUUAGCAGCACCUGUUGCCUCUUGUAAAAUCCAAGAAUAUUUGCCUUUAGCCUAUGUAGAUGUGCAUUAUGUUCAAGUUACAGGUAAUUGCCUUUUGGCCGUAUGUAUUCUGAAGUCACAUAUUUUUUCCCUCAAGUGAAGAUUUUGCAUUAUGCUUUA